AUGCUGCUGAAUAAUAAUGUGACUGAGUUCAUUCUGCUUGGGUUGACUCAAGAUCCUGUUAAAAAGAAAAUAGCGUUUGCCUUUUUCUUGCUUUUCUACUUAGGGACAUUAUUGGGUAACUCAUUGAUUAUUAUUACCAUCAAGACCAGUUGGGCACUUGGGAGUCCAAUGUACUUCUUCCUUUUCUACUUAUCCUUAACUGAUACCUGCUUCUCCACUUCCAUAGCCCCUAGAAUGAUUGUGGACACCCUUCUGAAGAAUAACACCAUCUCUUUUAAUGAGUGCAUGAUCCAAAUCUUUUCACUUCAUUUCUUUGGCUGCCAGGAGAUCUUGAUCCUUGUGCUGACGGCAGUUGACCGCUUUGUGGCCAUCUGUAAACCCCUGCAUUACAUGAGCAUCAUGACCCAGUGGGUCUGCAGUGUGUUGGUAGCUAUAGCCUGGGUAGGGGCCUGUGUGCAUUCUUCAGUUCAGAUUUUUCUGACUUUGAGUUUACCUUUCUGUGGUCCCAAUGUGAUUGAUCACUAUUUAUGUGACUUGCACCCCUUGUUGAAACUUGCCUGUACAGACACCUAUGUGAUCAACCUGCUACUGGUGUCCAAUAGUGGGGCCCUUUGCAUAAUGAUUUUUAUCAUGUGA